AGGCUGCAGUUCCUGGUGAGACCCUGCCUGCCCCUCUUACCCGCGCCGGGCCUUGUGAGCUCCCGACCCCUUCCCCGCGGGCCUGUAGGUCCCGGGCUGGGGUCUUGGCGUCCGCGAUCCCGGGUCCGCUCGCUCCGGCCCCCUUCAGGAGGCUGCGAGGAGGGUGGGUUUCUCCCCAUUGUAGAGGGCGGCGGCGGCGCCAUGGAGGCGCGCUUCACGCGCGGGAAGUCGGCACUGCUGGAGCGCGCGCUGGCGCGGCCGCGCACGGAGGUGAGCCUGAGCGCCUUCGCACUGCUGUUCUCUGAGCUGGUGCAGCACUGCCAGAGCCGCGUCUUCUCAGUGGCCGAGCUGCAGGCGCGCCUGGCCGCGCUGGGCCGCCAGGUGGGCGCGCGCGUGCUGGAUGCGCUGGUGGCGCGCGAAAAGGGUGCACGGCGUGAGACCAAGGUGCUGGGCGCGUUGCUCUUCGUCAAAGGUGCCGUGUGGAAGGCGCUCUUCGGCAAGGAGGCGGACAAGCUGGAGCAGGCCAACGAUGACGCGCGUACCUUCUACAUCAUCGAGCGCGAGCCGCUCAUCAACACCUACAUCUCCGUGCCCAAGGAGAACAGCACGCUCAACUGCGCCAGCUUCACGGCGGGCAUCGUGGAGGCGGUGCUCACACACAGCGGCUUCCCUGCCAAGGUCACGGCGCACUGGCACAAGGGCACCACGCUCAUGAUCAAGUUCGAGGAGGCAGUCAUCGCUCGAGACCGGGCCCUGGAGGGCCGCUGACCCUGCUGGAGAUAAAGGAUACAGAGAGCCCCCUC